AUGGGAGAACAGCCCAUUUUCACCACGAGAGCGCAUGUCUUCCAGAUCGAUCCCAGCACCAAGAAGAACUGGGUGCCAGCGAGCAAGCAGGCGGUCACCGUCUCCUACUUCUACGAUGUCACGAGGAACAGCUACCGCAUCAUCAGUGUGGACGGAGCCAAGGUGAUCAUAAACAGCACAAUCACCCCGAACAUGACUUUCACCAAAACGUCGCAGAAGUUUGGGCAGUGGGCAGACAGCAGAGCCAACACGGUGUUUGGCUUGGGGUUCUCGUCGGAGCAGCAGCUGACGAAGUUUGCAGAGAAGUUCCAGGAAGUGAAAGAAGCUGCCAGACUAGCUAGAGACAGGUCCCAGGAGAAAAUCGAGACUUCAAGCAACCAUUCCCAGGCAUCCAGCGUCAACGGAACAGACGAUGAAAAGGCCUCCCACAGCAGUCCUGCCGACACGCACCUGAAAUCUGAGAACGACAAACUGAAGAUUGCUUUGACACAGAGCGCUGCCAACGUGAAGAAAUGGGAGAUCGAGCUGCAGACCCUGCGGGAGAGCAACGCCCGGCUGACCACAGCACUGCAGGAGUCAGCAGCCAGCGUGGAGCAGUGGAAGAGGCAGUUCUCCAUCUGCCGAGAUGAGAAUGACCGGCUUCGAAACAAGAUUGACGAGCUGGAAGAGCAAUGCAGUGAGAUAAACAGAGAGAAAGAGAAAAACAGCCAGCUGAAGCGCAGGAUCGAGGAGCUGGAAUCAGAACUCCGGGAGAAAGAGACGGAGUUGAAGGAUCUCCGAAAGCAAAGUGAAAUCAUCCCUCAGCUCAUGUCGGAGUGUGAAUACGUCUCUGAGAAAUUAGAGGCAGCAGAGAGAGACAAUCAAAACCUGGAAGAUAAAGUGCGGUCGCUAAAGACGGACAUUGAGGAGAGCAAGUACCGACAGCGCCACCUGAAGGUGGAAUUGAAGAACUUCCUGGAGGUGCUGGACGGGAAGAUCGACGACCUCCACGACUUCCGAAGGGGCCUCUCCAAGCUGGGCACGGACAACUAGGGCUGGGCCAGGCGUUAGCCCACUGUGUGUGUGCGGGAGGCCACCUAGGACUAGGAUGUUCUGUUUGCGUUGCUUCUGUAAAUGCAGGCGCAGUCUGUCGUGUUUCCAAACCAGUUGUGCCGUCCACUCAAUUCCUCUUCCGAUUAGAAAUCUCUGCUUCUCUGGCCUUGUGAGGUUGUGGACAACUGGAAGAUUCUGUCUCA